AUGGGAUCUGAUGGGUUUAAAACGAGCAGAGAUAAUGUGUAUGGUAGUGGUGGCAGUGCUAAAAAUACAUCUAUUGGUAAUAGCGACGUUGGAUCUAUUGGCAGUAGAACGAGUAGAGAAAGCACAGGAUCGCAUAGAGAUAAGAUGAGAGGUGAAAUAUCCAAAUUACAAGAAGAGAUUGCAUCUGUGAAAGGUGACGAUUUACAAGAUUUAAUGAGCAACAAAGAUAAAUCGGUUUCUAGUUCAUCAACGAUAUCUCCAAAACCAAGCAGACGGAGGAACAUGCAUCCGACGGAUUUUAAUGAUACGAAAAGUUCGAAAUUGAAUCAGGUUCAAUCAAUGGAUACAAUUGAUAGUGAUGCAUUUGAUAAUACCGAGAGUAGUAGUGAUAAUAAUACUAAUAAUAAUAAUAACGAUAAUGAGGAUAAGGAUUUUGGGUUGACACCUGCUUUCAGUAUCCAUGGGAAUACUUCGAAAGUGGCAGCAAAUCUUCAUAGAAGAAGAGUUGUUGAUUGGAACAUGUUGCCACGCCUGGGCAGCAGCGUACUCGUAAAGCACCAGUCAUUUAACGUUAUUAAUAUACCAAUUGAUGGCGAGCUUAAGCAAAUUCUUUAUACGCCAUCCUACAAUGAGAAUUUCAAACCGAUGAACAUCUUCCUCUCGUUUAACAUGGAUUCAAAAUCCAAAGAGGCUCAACUAUAUUCGAAAAAAAGGCUAAAUUCUUUUGGUGCAUAUAUUGGACAUUACUUGAAAUCAAGACUGUAUGCUUACCAACGUUUCCCUUUUUAUCAGCAAGAUGCGCCGAUUGAUAGAAAUUAUGCAUCUUAUGAUGCUUCAAAGGACUAUUCGGAAAUAGAAACAGUAAUUUCGUUGUGGUACAUGCAAUCUCAAAGAUGUAUUUCACAAUCCAAUUCAACUUUUUUCUCUGCAGAUGUAGUUCAACAUUUAUUGCAGAGAAAGGCAAAUACAAGACAUCAAGCCUCACAGCCAACUGCAAUUUACGUUCCACAAACAGGUGCUACUCUGAUGACUUCUAAGCCAAGCAUGAUUGAAACUACUGAUGACAUUGAUAUACUUUUAUUAAGGCCAUAUCAGGAAGCAAGAUUAGGCUGGCAAUUAGCUUAUGACGAACCAAAUCUGAAAAUUGCAGAUUAUCCCAUUGACGUUUCACCUUGGAUGAUGGAUGAAAGUGAUACGAGGGCCGUAUUAGGCUCCGACAAUUCUAAAUCUACAUCAUCUAUGGUUAAUAUUGUUAAUGAUGAAGCUGAAUUGGUUGAAGUUACUAAUGAAAAUGCAGGUAGGUACUUGCUGGACUGUAUGGGACGUAGAUCUGGUAGUCUGUACAUGGAUGAAAUGUCGUCUCCAAUUACAAAGGGUUUUGGUCAGACUCCAGGCAAUGAAGUUACACCAACGAAUAGUUUAGAUAGUAGUGCUGAUAGGGAAUCACCAAGUAGUAGUGCAUACCCUGAACCUUCAAGAAAGAAAGUGGCAAGUAAAUUGGGGAAAAAAACUGGAUUGUCAAGUCUUUUCAAAAGAAAACAUCAAGCACCUACAACACCAUCCGCCGGAUCUUCUUCAGCAGCGGCAGCAGCGGCUUCUGCAGCUACUUCUUCAUCAUCUUCAGCAACAAAGAAAGACCAUCCAACUACAGAUGGUCAGGGCCAUCCAGUAGAAAAUGCUUGGUUAGAAAGUUACUUCAGUCGAUACCUUAGUAACUACAAAAGAAUCGAUUUACCCACACAAUUCCUUCUACCGAAAGAAGCUCAGGAUACCCCAAAGACUACUUCAUCUUCAACUUCCAAUAACCAAGAUAUUUCUGACUCUAGAAACGCAUUAUUGUAUAGUAAGGAGAGUCUACAAUUGAGAUUGCCAUUCGCCGAUGAUUCAAUACCCGCAAUUUUUUGUCCCAGAGUUUGGAUGGGUCUAGCUUUUAACAAAUGGAGAAAUUUGCUAAGAGAAAUGCAUAGAGUUUUACUUCCAGGAGGUUACGCUUUAGCGAGCGUGAUUGAUAUUGGGAUUUUGAAUUCUUUUGCCUCAGCAACCGAUGAAUCUAUGCAAGAGUUUCCAACUACGCAGGAAAGGGAUAGAAUUCUAGAUGCUAUAUCCUUAGCUGCGAUAGAAAAGGGUGUUCAUAUCCACCCUACUCAGCAUUUGGCACAGGCUUUUAAAGAUGUUGGAUUUACAAAUUUAAGAUAUUCAGUUUUAAGUUUAAAAACGGGUGACUGUGCUACAGAGAUGGGAUGCCUUUACGAAAUUUAUUCUGAGAUUACUUGGGACCUUUUGUUUAGGAAAUUCUUGCCAGAUCCUACAGCACCUCCAAAAGGAACUGAUCCAACAACACUUUUCAGAAGAUUUAUUAAAGAGCACAUGGGUAAAGUGGAUGAUACUGCAGGAUCGUUGAAGGUAUUAUAUCUUGUUGCACAAAAGGCCAGGUGA